GACACAGUCACGCAGUAUGGUCCGGGAAACCAGACACUUAUGGGUGGGGAAUUUACCAGAAAAUGUACGAGAAGAAAAAAUUAUCGAGCACUUCAAACGAUAUGGACGUGUGGAGAGUGUCAAGGUCCUUCCAAAGCGUGGAUCCGAGGGUGGAGUGGCAGCUUUUGUGGAUUUUGUGGACAUUAAGAGCGCUCAGAAGGCUCAUAAUUCUAUCAACAAGAUGGGAGACAGAGACCUACGCACCGAUUACAACGAGCCUGGCACAAUCCCUAGUGCAGCUCGAGGGUUGGACGAUAGCCUGUCCAUAAGCACUCGUGGGCGGGAUGUUUCAGGGUUCACGAGGGGGGCAGGGGGGCCAGCUUAUGGGCCCUCUGCAUCGCUCCACAGCAGAGAGGGACGCUAUGAACGCAGACUAGACGGGACUGCUGAAAGCCGAGAACGUGCUUAUGAUCACAGUGCCUAUGGACACCAUGAGCGUGGUGGCAGCAGCAGUUUUGAUCGUCAGCGCCACUAUGACACAGACUAUUACCGUGACCCCCGGGACCGAGCCCUCAGUGGAGGAGGGGGUAGCUCUAGCUCUGCUAGUGGGAGUAGUAGUGGUGGAAGCUCUGCAGGAGUCAGUGGAGGAGUUGGCGGUACAGGGGCAAGCAGCAGUGGUGCUGGAGGUAGCGGCAGUAGCGCUGCUGGAGUCGGAGGUGGGUCGGCAGCUGUGGGAGUUGGCUAUUACGGUUCCCGAAGCCGGAGCCCCAGCCGUUUUGAGGCUACAGAGACUCGGUAUGAGCCCCGUGCCCGCGAACCUUUUACCCUGGCUAGCGUGGUGCACCGCGAUUUGUACCGCGAAGAGAGAGGGCGACGUGGAGACAGGACUUAUCAUCACAGCCGCAGUCGAUCUCCACACUCAUCACAGUCGCACAACCCCUCACCACAGAGACUGGCAAGUCAGGCUGCAAGGCCUCCGCGCUCCCCUAGCGGGUCUGGUUCCCGCAGUCGGUCCUCCAGUUCCGACUCGGUCAGCAGCACCAGCAGCAGUAGCAGUGACAGCAGUGAGUCCAGCAGCAGCUCAAGUGAUGCAUCUCCAGCUCGAUCUGUUCAGUCAGCAGCUGUUCCAGCUCCAUCAGCUCAGCCUCUUCCCGCUUUGGAGAAAGAUGAGCCUCGCAAAAGCUUUGGUAUUAAGGUGCAGAACCUUCCUGUUCGCUCUACAGAUACUAGCCUCAAAGAUGGUCUUUUCCAUGAGUUUAAAAAGCAUGGUAAAGUAACAUCAGUUCAGAUCCAUGGAGCCUCAGAGGAGCGUUAUGGACUUGUCUUCUUUCGUCAACAAGAAGACCAGGAGAAAGCUCUCAGCUCAUCCAAAGGAAAGCUGUUUUUUGGAAUGCAGAUAGAGGUCACUGCUUGGAAUGGCCCUGAGACGGAGAGCGAAAAUGAAUUCCGGCCUCUUGAUGAACGGAUAGAUGAAUUUCACCCCAAAGCUACUCGCACACUGUUCAUUGGUAAUUUGGAGAAGACCACAAGCUACCAUGAUCUACUGAACAUCUUUCAGCGCUUUGGAGAAAUUGUGGAUAUUGACAUAAAGAAGGUCAAUGGUGCCCCACAAUAUGCCUUCUUGCAGUAUUGUGACAUUGCAAGUGUCUGCAAGGCCAUAAAGAAAAUGGAUGGGGAGUACCUUGGGAACAACAGGUUAAAACUUGGUUUUGGCAAGAGUAUGCCCACCACGUGUGUAUGGUUGGAUGGCUUGGCUUCCAACAUAACAGAACAGUAUCUAACACGGCACUUUUGUCGUUAUGGGCAUGUUGUAAAGGUGGUGUUUGACAGACUAAAAGGGAUGGCCUUGAUCCUGUACAAUAACAUCGAGUAUGCACAGGCAGCUGUGAAGGAAACGAAGGGUUGGAAGAUUGGGGGCAAUAAAAUUAAGGUUGAUUUCGCCAAUCAAGAGAGUCAGAUGGCUUUUUACCGCUCAAUGCAGGCAUCAGGACAGGACAUCAGAGAGUUUUAUGAAAUCUUAUCUGAAAGACGAGAUGAGCGCAGGCCGCCCUAUCAUGAGUUUUCUGCUGAGAGGGCAUACUAUGAAAAUGUGAGAACACCUGGCAGCUACACAGAAGAUCCACGUCGCAAGUACUCUGCUAGGGGCCGGGAGUUCUACACCGAAUGGGAUCCUUAUCAAGGGGAUUACUAUGAACCACGAUACUAUGAUGAUCCGCGUGAAUACAGGGAUUACAGAGACCCUUACGAACAGGACAUCCGCAAGUACAGUUACUUACAGCGGGAACGUGAACGGGAACGGGAAAGGGAUAGAUUCGAAACGGACCGUGAACGUGAUCAUGGUCGUCGGACAAUUGAACACAGCCAGAGCCCCACUCAUCCUCGCCGCCCUGCCAGCCCUGCUGCUUCACCUUCUCUUUCUGAGCGUAUACCCAGUGACUCUGAGCAUCAUAUUUACAGUCGUUCCUCUGAACGUAGUGGCAGCUGCAGCUCACUUUCACCACCCCGCUAUGAGAAACCUGACAAAAUUCGACUGGAUCGUUACAAGAAUGAUAAGGAAAGACCACUCUUUGAAUCUGAACGUGGAAAUGUCACUGAGAAGGAGAGACGUGGGGUGCGAAAGGAAAAAGGGGACAAGGAAAGGAACGAGAAGCACAAACUGAGGAAGUUUAAAUUGGCAUCGCCUAGUAUUCCUUCAUCUGAGACCGACCCUGAGCCUGACAGAGAUGCUAGCCCAGAUGCAGGUCAGCGAGGUAAAGGCAGUAAGUUGCUGAGUAAAGAAAAAGACACCUCUGAGAAAGGCCGUCUGGAUUUGCCACCUUGUGUGGUCCAGCUAACACGAGUCAAAGAAAAAGAAGGAAAACUCACAGAUCAUCCCCUUAUUGAAAAACCAAGAUUAAAGGUUGGGAGUGAUGGUGUCAGGUCUCCACCUCCACCACCCCCUCCUUUGACUGACCAGAAGAUCUUACCUGUCCGUAAUGAAUUUCAGAAAAGCGAGGUACUUAAACAUGGUAAAAUUCUCAAAGAAAAAGGGUUAGCAAGUCAGAUUGAGGUUGUGGAUAAGGAAGGCAAAGUCAAAGGUAAAAAAUAUUUAAAACCAGAUCCAGGAUUUGACAGUACCAAUUCCCCUUUGGAUGUGGACCGCUUAGCUGCACGAAAGAGACGUUUUGAAGAAAUGGCUGGAAAAACUGAGCGCUUAAAAAAGGUCAGCCUUGAGGAAGAGGAUGGGAGACUAGGUCUGAAGAGGAUUAUUGAUGGUACAUUUCUUAAAGAUAUGGAAGAUGACAAGAGAUUGCUUCGCAAGGAGAUUCACAAGAAAGAACACCGAAAGGCCAAACAAGAGAGACUGAUCACUGUUUGCAGCACAAGAGAUGGACAGGAUUCUGAGGUUGUAUCUAUGGGGAUGGAGAUUGGGCUUAGUGUAGACCUUCAGUCUCGACUUGGUGAACCAACAGAAGAAGCAACAGAUCCCUUGGACAAUCCUGAUCAGAUGGGGGUUUUGGGAGCUAAGAGUCUGACCCAACCUAGCCUUACAGUCUCUGAUGAUGGUAGCUUUGACUCAGAGCUCUUUAGAGAGCAAGAGCAGCAGCGGCAUCCAAAAGACUCUGAUGGACAUUCUAUAAUGCUGGACAAAGAUGGAUCGGAAAAGGAAGAGCAACAGACUGUGGACAUUGACCACACCCAAAGCUGUAGAAAGCAAAUGGAGCAAAACCGUAGACGACAGCAGCUUCAAGAGUAUGAGAAGUCAGAUAAACCUCUAAGCCCUCCAAACACAGAUGCAGAUGAAUUGGAGCACCGUAGUCUUGUACAUGAAGUAGACAAACCACCUCAGGAUGUCACCGACGAUUCUCCACCUAGUAAAAGAAAAAAGCUGGAUGCUUUUGACAUUGAUUUUUCUUCCAAGAGAGAGCGCAAUUACCGGAGUUCCAAACAACUAAAUGAAGAUUCUGAUAGGCCUUUCACGUCUUUGCCAGUGUCACAGCCUCUCUCCUCAAAUGAGGAGGAGGCAGUUGGUGACUCACCCCAUUUAAUGACUGUUAAAUUGCCAAAAGAGUCACCAAAAGCAGAGGACAAAGUCAGCUCUCAUUUGGAUGUAUUUAGAUAUAAUCUUGAUAAUUCAGGUGGUCGGGUGCUCUCUCCUCAAACUGAAGUUCCUAAAAUCAAAGCUACAUCCAUUGUUGCUGAAGAUGAGCUCCGAUGGGAAACUAGAAUGAGACAGGAUACACUUAAAAUGGACAUGAGCUUCCCUAGUAGCAUUGUUAAACGUGAAGGAAUUCGCAAGCGUCUUGUUCGUGAGCUUGAGCCUGGUGAGGUACAGUCAGACUCUGAUGAUGACACUGAGAAUAAACACCACUCACCCAAGACCAACGCCCCUCUCUCCUAUUUCCAGCGAGAGCGAGAAGAGAGGUUGUUGGACCUCAAGCUCUCAGGAUCCCUUGAAAAGAAUAAGUUCUAUGAAUUUGCAUUGGAUAAGACCAUAACACCUGACACCAAAGCAUUGCUUGAGCGAGCCAAGUCACUUUCCUCAUCCAGGGAGGAUAAUUGGUCUUUCUUGGGACAUGAUUCUCGAUUCACAAGCUUUCGAAAUAGCUCAGACAAAGAGAAGGUUGAGCCUACUCCAAGACCCAUUCCCUCUUGGUAUAUGAAGAAAAAGAAAACUCGUACUGACUCUGAAGGGAAGCUAGAUGACAAAAAAGAGGUACCAAAACCAGAGGAGCAAGAACGACAAGAGCUGUUUGCCUCUAGAUUUCUUCACAGCUCUAUCUUUGAACAAGACUCAAGACGUCUUCGACAUCUUGAACGUAAAGACUUUGACCUUGACGUUGGACUGGGCAAAGAUGCAGGAAGAGCAAGCACCUCUGAGGAAAAUGCUGGGGCAGGAUCUUCAGAUCUCUCACAAGAGCCCAUUGUGCUUUUUCAUAGCCGCUUUUUAGAGCUUCAACAGCAAAAGGACAAGGACCAGCGGCCACGAGCACCUGAAAAGACCAGUGUGGCUGAAUGGAUAGAGGGAGAGAAGAUACAAGUUGAGGAGCAGAGGCAGUCUCCCAAAGUGCUUGACCAUGAAAUUAAACCUGUAAGCCCUGUUCCAGCUCCAUCAAUAUCACCAUCACACCCUCUGCCUAAAGAAGAAGUGUCUCCACAGCAGGAGAAGCCAGCUGCACUGGCUGUGUCAACAGAUGUACCUGUUUCACCAGUGAAAGAUGAAAAGAUGGAGAUUACCUCUCUUAUCUCUCCCUCUCCCGUUGGUGUAUUGGAAGAGACUAAACCAGUUCCAGUAAACAUUAAGUCCCCUAAUCCUACAGUAGUGGAGAGUGAACUUCAUGCAGAACUAAAACAGGGGUCAUGUGAGCCCAAAGGAAUACCAGUUAAUGCACAGAUUGUAGAACAUGACCUUGAUGUCAAACCACCCACUCCUGGUGCAUCUCUAAGUAAUUUUGAGCCAGAACCUGAACCUACUGAGUAUCCCUCCACGAUGUCUCCCCAGCCAAAGGAAAUUCAAAACAUGGCAAAGGUGGAAGGCCCUCCUGAGAGUUCAGAAUCCCAGGGGAGUGGUUCUCCUAACAAUAUAUCAGAAUCUACUGAGGUCCAGUUACCUCUGUCAGAACCUGAGGUUGAACCUACACAGCCAACACGCAAACAGCCAAAGAAUAAAAAGACAAGAACUAAUAUUUCCACCAGUAUUUCCAACAAACCAGUUUCUUCCCCACAGCCACCUCAAACAGCUCUCAAUGAGAAACCGGCUACUCGAAAGAGUGAGCGCAUUGACAAAGAGAAGCUGAAAAGGGCAUCGUCGCCCAGAGGAGAUGCAUCCAAGGUCCCCCUUGAUUCCAGGAGCACUGCCAAGUCCCCAGUUCAUGCGCCAGAGACGGAGCAGAUGCUUGAGUCAAGCUUGCUCCACGGGAGAACCCGGCGAAGGAAUGUUCGUUCUGUCUACGCUACUCCUCCAGAAGGUGAGACUCCUCAACAACAGGGGAAAGAAGUGGCUGAAUCCCCACGCUCUAUGCGGAAGCGUGGUGCUGACAAAGAUUCAACUCAGGAUGUAGUAGCUGCUCCAACCACCGCAAGGAGGGGUCGUCCUCCUAAAGCACGCAAGAGAGGAGAAGAUGUUUCUCCUUCGAAGGGAGAUCUGCCAAAGGUAUCAGAGGGAGAGGAUAAUGAUAGUAAAGACUCUGGAAGCAGUGGUGAAACCAACAAAGCUGCUGAGGGAUGGCGAUCUCCACGCACGCAGAAAAUCCAGUCUUCACCCCCUGGGUCUGGACAGAGCAGGAGAGGAGGCAAGACAGACAAGCAGUCAGAGACCUCAGCAACCGUUCUCCAGCAGAAAGCGUCAGUUGAUGUUACUGUUGCCCUAGAGCCACAAAGUAAAGUAAAAGAUGAGUCUUUUGAGCAAGUUGCAAAUUUAUCAGAGGAGGAUGCAAAGCAACCAAUAACAUCAGCUAAAAGAGAAAAAGAAAAAGAGAGUGUUGAGCAUGCUGAAAAGAAAUCUUCUGAGGAGAAAACAGAGGAUAAAUCUGAUGCGGAUACUAUAGACAAACUUCUAGCAUUGGAAAAGAGUGGGAAAAUGAAAGCAUCCAGGAUGACUCGCAACACCAAAUCAAUGCCUGAGGAUAAGUCAGUCAGCCUAAAGAACCUUGUCAUCAAUCUGAGUGUAGAUGCAGUGAAAAGUGUUGUGCAUUGUGGGGAAGAGGAACAAGAGAGCUUUGAGGGUUCUAUGAAGAAGAUUAAACCAGCAGUAUCAGUCAAAGAGGAGUUAAAUAGUCCAGGUUACCUUAAAGAAGCAACUGAACUUAGCCCAAAUGAGAAAGAGGAUGCUUCAGACCCUGAGCCUCCUGCUGAUCCAGCGGCAGCCUUGCUUGCACGUCAAAUAGAGCUAGAGAGAGCAGUUGAAAAUAUUUCCAAGCUUGCAGUUGAACAGUCUCUUCCACCUUAUAAAGAACCCCAUGCUGACAACCCACCUACUUUAUUAUCACCUGUUGUAACAGAACCUGAGGAUGAAACUGAGGAAGAAAAACCAGCUAAUCCUGCUAGUGAAACUGAGCUUGCUGCUGCAAUUGACUCCAUCACUGCUGAGGAUAUCUCUGCUGAUGCAGAUGGGUUCACAGCUCCCACUACAUAUACUGCAUUACCCCCCACUCCAGAACCACUAGUAGUUUUGCCCCAAGCUAGUGAAGCUAUGGAACCAGAGACACAUCUGGCAAUUAGGAAUAUCAUGGACUCUGAUUCAGAUAUUAGUCUGAUGCCUGAUUCAAAGUCGUCUGAACCAAGCUCCACUGAUACCGCCGUUGUUGAAACUUCGCCACCAGAGACUGCUAAAAAAGGUGGCAGAGUAAGACCAAGAACUCCAAAGAAAUACAGAAGUCGUAAGACUAGUGCUAGUCGAAGGGGUGAUAUUGCUGAAGAGUCAGUGCUUGAAACUGAAUCGAGCACAGUUAAAUUACCAGAGUCAAUACCAGAAGAUAUUGAAAGUACUAACCCAAAGGCAGCAACGUCAUCAGAAGCAGCAGCUGUUGUCACUGUUGCUGCUGCAUGCAAACAUGAUGUGGCUUCAACAGUGAUUCUGGACACUCCAAAGGAGGCAGAACAGCCUGCUGUUGAGCAACCUGAACCCCAAGAAUCUGCUUCCCAUUCAGGACCGAAUAGCCCACCUCUUCCCAAACCACAGCAGCCAUCCUCUGAACCUGUAGUAUCACUCCUCACACCAUCUGCAACACGUCUGAAUGCCCCACACACACGUCCUGGCAAGAUACCUGUCUCCCCACCAGACUGGCGCAACAGGACUGAGGAGGCAGGAGUGCUUUCUGCUUCUCAAAUGCCUGUGGCAGUUUCUACACCAGUAGUUGCUGGUAUAGGUGGGCCUUCGGGAAACCCACCCAUGCCCCCUGACACAAAAGCAUCGGAUAUUGACCCAAGUUCAAGCACCCUACGGAAGAUACUUAUGGAACCUAAGUAUGUGUCUGCCUCAAACAGCAAUAGUGUUCCAAGCAUGCUGCUCACAACCACAUUAGCUGAUCCACGGAUGUCUGAAAAUGAGAAUUCAUCAGAAAAAAUGUGUGGGAAGCCUCCGCUUUUAGAGGACAAGUCCUCAUCUAUAACCCCACUUACAUCCCAGCCUAUUCCCCCUCAAGCACCCUCCUCUCAGUCCAGUGAAGCUCAGCAAAUAUUUGUGGGAAAUCCAGUCAAUUCUUCCAAUGCUACCUCAGUUAUUAGUAAGAUUCCCAUACCCUUUGAUCUUGAAGAGACUCCGCGCAUUUCUCUUAGCAGCCGCAGUGCUGGCAUGCCGCUGCCUAAACAAAAGUAUCGUCCAAACAUGAAUGAAAAUAGCCGAUACCAUGGUUUAUCUAUGCCCGAUGAGGGACGACCUGUUUUAGAAAGUACAGCACUGUACAACACUGGCUCCAGUCCCGGUUUAAGAGUUAACACCUCAGAGGGUGUGGUGGUCCUCAGUUACUCAGGACAGAAGACAGAAGGACCACAGCGGAUCAGUGCCAAAAUUAGCCAGAUUCCACCAGCUAGUGCAGUUGAUAUCGAGUUUCAGCAAUCUGUAUCUAAAUCUCAAAUAAAGCAAGAGCCACUUACUCCAUCCCAACCAUCUACUCCAAAGGGAAGUCAGACACCAACAGGGUUUGGUCAUGCUGGAGUUGUGUUAACUGCCCCACCUUAUAAUACGCAACCUGUUAUUUCUACCAUCAAGCAAGAAAGUCCUGGUUCUGACAAAUGUGAAUCGUCAUACCUUAGUGGUGGUCCUGUGAAGAUGUUCCAGCAAUCUAUUAGCAGUCCUCAGGUUUUGAAAUAUAAUCAAGCUAUCAUUCAGCAGCCUCUUACAAAGAAAACAGUUGGACCAGAGUCAUUGCCUAUGAAAGCUGAUGCAGGUAAACCACCUCAGGCUUCCAGUAUGAGUCCUGUUUUAAGUCCACAUCACCCCUCUUUGACUGGGAACCAUAUAUCGAGCCCAAAUACCCCAAAUGAUAGAUCAAUCCCACAUCCCAAACAAGAGCCACACUCUCCACGGCCAAAUCACUCAACCUCACCUUUUUCUAAAGUGUGCCCACCUUCCUCGUCUGUGGUUUUGGGCUCAAGUGUACCCAUGUCUCAGUAUGUGUCUAGUGUACAUCAUCCAGAGCAGUCUGUUAUAAUGACCCCUCAUAGUGUGAAUACUUCAGUCCCAAUGGGUCAUCUCUCCCAAGGAGAUGUUAGAAUGAACACUCCUCCAGUGAAUUACGGGAUCCGACCUGAAGCUCUUGCUUCCCCUCGAUCUGGGCCUCAGCCACGUUCUACAACACCUCAGCCAGUUGCAGUUAGAGACCUGGUGCUACAGUCACAUCCAGGGGCUUCUGUAGCUGGCUCUGCAAGUGGGGCUGGUGAAGAUGAUGUGAGACAUUUUCAUAAGGGAUUGCGUAGGCCAUCUGCUCCUCAGCUUCAGCCAGAUGUUAUGGUGAUACAGUCUGACUUUAGAGGAAUAGGGGGACUGCGAUUGGAUCAAUACAGUAUGGCCCCAAGAGACGUCCGUAUUCUGAUGCACCAUCAGUUAGGGGAGCACCCAGGUGUUGUGGAAGCACGCCAAGCACGUACCCCUGAGACCUCUACUGCCAUGUCCUCCACACACAUCUCUUCUGCUUCGUCUAAAGCUCCCCCAGUUGGAAAGAGUGUCCCACAGCCUGUAAAAGAUGCUCCAAAAUUGCCAUCUUCGCCUCAUACAGACAGCAGAAUCAUAGGACAUCCUCCUGUCUCUGUAAUGGUGUCACCUCAAGGAAUGCAGCUGAUGCACCCUGGCAGUUCUGGCUCCAUCCCUGAAUACUACAGAGAUUUACGUGGAUUCCACCCCCAGUUCUCUGGUCACCCAAUGAUGACCUCCCAUGGGAUUGCAAAUAAUCCUUCUCAGGUCCCACCGGACGUGGAUCAUGGUCAGAGAUCGAAAGUUGGCCCUCUGUCCUCUGCUGGGUCAGUUGGAGGGGUUGAACCAAAACCUGAGGCCUCACACCUUCGUCAUCCAAGUUCCAUUGACUUGUCACAUAUGCCUCGGGUUCAGGGAGAGUCUGCCUCACCCUCCUAUGCAUCUUCCAUGACCAUCACUCAUAAGUCUGAAUUGGUACACUCUGCACAUAAGGGGCCACAAAGUCUUAUAGCUAGCCAAGUGGCACCUUCCUCAGGUUCCUCCCAGAUGCGAUCAGAUAUAAAACUUGAACACACAGGACACCGGUCUGUUGACAUGAUGCAGCUGUUAACGAGGUAUCCAAUUGUAUGGCAAGGACACCUUGCUUUGAAGAAUGAUACUGCUGCUGUCCAGCUACAUUUCGUCUCUGGUAACAAUGUUCUUGCGCAACGCUCACUACCACCACCAGACGGAGGUCCUCUCCUCCGUAUUGCACAGAGAAUGCGACUGGAGGCGUCGCAGCUCGAGGGUGUGGCACGGAGGAUGACUAUGGAGAGUGACUACUGUCUCCUCCUGGCAUUACCCUGUGGUCGAGAUCAGGAGGACGUCCUGAACCAGACUCAUGCCCUCAAAAGUGGGUUUAUAACCUACCUACAGGCCAAACAAGCUGCGGGCAUUAUUAAUGUUCCCAACCCUGGCUCAAAUCAGCCGGCCUAUGUUGUGCAGAUUUUCCCUCCCUGUGAGUUCUCUGAAGGCCACUUGUCUCACCUUGCUCCGGAUCUUCUCAACAGCAUCUCCAGCAUCUCCCCCCAUCUCAUGAUUGUCAUUGCAUCUGUAUAAGACAAGAGCUCGUCUUUGGAAGCCCACUGGAUACCAACACCAGCCCAUGGGAUCUGUCUUGUCUCUCUCUUUUGCCUUUUUUUUUUUUUAAACUGGGAAAUGCCUCGCUUUUGAAUGGGUGCAGUCUCCUUUGGGCCAUGUACUCAUUCUCUUUUUUUUAGUUCUUUCUUUUUUCUCCCCACCAGUUCCUUAAAUCAUCGCUCCACUUCUAAUUCCAUUUCUCUGUGUCUCUGUGGAGAGGGCAUGGUGAUGGAUGGAACUAGAUUUUCAAUGAUCAAUUCUCUGAUCAUUUAUUUUAUGUAAAUCAUUGCCAGAAGUUUCAAAGAUUUGCAUUUUUUAAUAUCACAUACAAGCCAAUAUUUAGGGACAAGAAAUGGGAGGGACUGAGAGGUUUUUUCCCAUUGAAAUAAUGAUUGUGAUUUUGUUAUUUUUUAAAUUUUCUUAAGAAGAUGGAUCUGAUCAGUCAUUGCACUAUGUUAAGGAAAUUAAAAAAAAGAGAAUCAGAAACUUGGACUUUGUACAGAUUUGAAAAUGUUGAAAAUUAUACUUAUUGCAAUUACAUACUCCAUCACCAGCUACGCAGAGUGAAGACUGAAGAGAAACAUAAGCUGGUGAUAUGGCAGACUGGGAUUUCUCUGAGAAGUGUGUAAAAAUGAUGUAAGACCAAUCAAUUUGUUGAUACUGCAACUACUGUUGAAUCACCAGUGACCUGUUGACUUUGUGUCAUUUUUAGACUCAGCUCUUGAUAGCCUCUAUGAUCCUUCUUCAAGGAUCAUAACUAUGGGGUAUUUAGUGCUGAACAGUUUACACUUGAUGCCUCAAUUGGGGAUUGUAUGUACUUUUUUGUUGAUUUCCUUUUCCUCAAGACUUAAAGUGAAAUGGACGACAGCAGAUCUGUAAAUAUCAUGAAUAUUUAAAGACUUUCAAAGCAGCCAGGAGACCAUGUGGACAGCUUGACGAGAAGACAAUGUCUCAUCAGCCAUGAACAUUUUUAUUGUCAGGAAUAAACCUUGUGUAAUAUUCUCUCACUUUUGUCAUCAGACUUAAUUCUGUGCCAAACUGUAUUUUCAAAGGAAAAAAAAAACAAAACGAAAUUCAUUGGUCAAAUUUUAUUUUCAUACUUGACUUUGUAAUUGUCACAUGAUCGUAAUGAGUUGGAAUUUCCAAUUGGCCUUGUUUUUAUAUUUUCUUCUAUCCCUUCCCUCUGUGUCUGUUGUAAUUGAUUUUUUUUUUCAUUUCAGAGUGCCGUAAGGAUGAUGGAUGUUGAUUUGGGGAUACUUUGUUGAUUAUGUCUAAGAGGUGUUAUUUAUCACUCUGUCUCUGUCGCCCCAGUUCCUGCUUCUCUUUGGUUAUUUGUACAUACCGAGUGUCGAGUUAACCUGGAAUAUUUAUUCUUAUGAGAGCUGUGCCAUGCAAGGGGUCAUAAGUACUUAAAUGUUAAAGAAAUGUGCAAGAAUGAAAAAAAAAGAGUGUGAAGAUUCUGUUUCACACUCCCUUUUUGUCCACUGGUGUCUCCCUGAGCCAAAAUGUAAAUAGUCAUUUAUUCCCUCUUUGUCCAUGUCUGUUUUUUUUUUUCUCCCUCUGAUUGACUUUUAUUUCAGGGUCCUUAUUUUGUUUUGUUUGACAAAACAAAGCAGUCUGAAGAAGACAGAACCAGGUGUAAACCGAUGCAGAAAGUAAACCAUGUGUCUCAGUUUUGUGGUAUAAAUAUUACAACUGCAAGCUGAUAAUUGUCAUGGUUACAUUGAAGGCACUUAUAAUUUUGAUACACAAAUAAAAAAAAAAUUACCAAAAUGAAAAAAAAAAAAAACAAGCAG